GCGGGAUGCGGAGGAGGUAGAGAGAGAGAGAGGGGUUGGAGGAUCUAGUAAUGGCGCAGGCUGCCGUCGAAUCUGCUGUGAGUGGUGGCACGCUGAUCGGGAGGCCCGCGGAGGUCCCGAGGAUGAAGAGGAAGACCCCCUCCGAGCUGCGGGGAGAGCAGUUGAAGCGACGCACAUCUGAAAAGAUUGCUAAUGACCAGUUAUUUCCUUCUGCGGCGUCCGAUAGGCCAAGCAAUGGGCUUCGGAACCCAGAACAGCCCAAAAUAUCAAAAUAUAUCAACACUGGUGUUACAGAGGUCUUCCAAGUUAAGAAAUCCAGAAAUGUUUUGGAAAGGAAAACUGUAAGGAUGCUGUAGUGAAUAAUGACAAGGCUCCCAGGUCUGCUGUCGCUGCAACGACUGCACAAUCUGAAUUUGUAUCAUCUGCAUUCCCACGCCAUGGUGACUCUGCUAAGUUGGACUCUUCUGCUCCAUCACUUGCGGAGGCAGCAAAGCAAGGCUUUAGGAAAGCUGAGAAAUACAGUGAGAAUGAUCUACGGAGUGUAUCUGAGCUUCAUGUUGGUGAUGAGAAGCAGGCUGGAUCUAACAAAUUUGACAUGGAAAAAGUGAUGAAAAGGUUUGGAGCUCGUGAUGCUUCUGGAGCUCCCAAUGCUACUAACAUACAAGUUGGUGAUGUUCCUUUGAAGUCUUCAGAGGCAUGCCCUUCUAAGAUUACAGUACUAGGAAAAGAGCUCCUUUGGAUCUCACCUUGAAGACUACUCUGCAGUUUGUUUCAUCAUCUUCUGUGAAGUGGUGGGUUGGCAUUAGCUUAUCUAGUAUUUCCUUCUUAUAUUCCAAACUUCUUUGUUUAGAAAACACACUCUCCCCAAGUAUUCCAAGCUGCUGAACUAGUGACAUAUCUCAGUUGGCUCUAUGAAAAUUAGUUAUGCAAUGGUCAUGUGCCUAUUAAUCACUUAAGAGUCUUAACUACAUGUGCAAGAAAAUUUCGACGCAUUUCAAUGUACUAUAUUGGUGCCUACGGUCAAUGC